AAUAAAUUCAGGAACUCAACUGUCACUUCCUUGAGGCUUGGGUAGAUUUCGGUGUCUGCGGAGGAUUAGACAGACGCGGGACCUAGAACCGCGGUCCCGUAUCGAAAAUAAUUGUUAACGUUUUCUAGUUUACGAAGUGGUUUUUUUUUUUUUUUUUAAACGUCUCAUAAUCCUGCUAAUUCUUAAGCACGACACUGAGGAAGCGUGCCGCCAGUUGGCAGCUGAGGGAAGAGUUCAGCCUCUCCAAGAGUUUGCAGAGUGGAUCUUGGCUGUUCUCUAAGCCUGCACGUGGUGUACCCUCUGCUUUGUGUCCGGAGCGCGGACGCCCUUUCUGGUGGGCUGAGAGGGUGGAGGAGCGGGCGUCUGUAGCCUUCUCGUCAGUAGAGUGAUGAAGGCGGUCGGGGCUUUUGCCAAUCUGUAGGUAUGUUUUCUUCUUACGUCCAAGUCAUUCAUUCAGUGUAUUUAUCGAGGUGCCUGCAGUUUGUCAAACCAUGCUCCAGGUACUAACAUAGCAAAGGAUAAUGCUCAACCAUUUCAUUCGACUGGGGGAGACAGGUGCUAAGAAAUAUGGAGAAAAGUAAAGCAAGGCACAGCUACUCAGAAAGGAUGGGAGAGGAGACCAAUGAUGACAAGAAGCCGACGACGAAAUUCGAACUCGAGCGAGAAACAGAGCUCCGCUUUGAGGUGGAAGCGUCUCAGUCGGUUCAGCUGGAGCUGUUGACCGGCAUGGCAGAGAUCUUUGGCACGGAGCUGACCCGGAACAAGAAAUUCACCUUCGACGCUGGUGCCAAGGUGGCCGUUUUCACUUGGCAUGGGUGUUCUCUGCAGCUGAGCGGCCGCACGGAGGUGGCCUACGUCUCCAAGGACACCCCCAUGUUGCUUUACCUCAACACUCACACAGCCCUGGAGCAGAUGCGGAGGCAAGCGGAGAAGGAAGAAGAGCGAGGUCCCCGAGUGAUGGUCGUGGGCCCCACCGACGUGGGCAAGUCCACGGUGUGCCGCCUGCUGCUCAACUACGCCGUGCGUUUGGGCCGCCGUCCCACUUACGUGGAGCUGGAUGUGGGCCAGGGAUCUGUGUCCAUCCCCGGCACUAUGGGGGCGCUCUACAUUGAGCGGCCAGCGGAUGUGGAAGAGGGUUUCUCUAUCCAGGCCCCUCUGGUCUAUCAUUUUGGCUCCACCACGCCUGGCACCAACAUCAAGCUGUAUAAUAAGAUUACAUCUCGACUAGCAGAUGUGUUCAACCAGAGGUGUGAGGUCAACCGAAGAGCAUCUGUGAGUGGCUGCGUCAUUAACACCUGUGGCUGGGUCAAGGGCUCUGGUUACCAGGCCCUGGUACAUGCAGCUUCAGCAUUUGAGGUGGAUGUAGUCGUGGUGCUGGAUCAAGAACGACUGUACAAUGAACUGAAACGCGACCUGCCCCACUUUGUACGCACAGUACUGCUCCCGAAAUCAGGGGGCGUGGUGGAGCGCUCCAAAGAUUUCAGGCGGGAAUGCAGGGAUGAGCGUAUCCGUGAGUACUUCUAUGGAUUCCGGGGUUGCUUCUAUCCCCACGCCUUCAAUGUGAAGUUUUCAGAUGUGAAAAUCUACAAAGUUGGGGCACCCACCAUCCCAGAUUCCUGUCUGCCUUUGGGCAUGUCCCAGGAGGACAAUCAGCUCAAGCUAGUGCCCGUCACACCUGGCCGAGAUAUGGUGCACCACCUCCUGAGUGUGAGCACUGCGGAGGGCACAGAGGAGAACCUUUCCGAGACCAGCGUGGCCGGGUUCAUUGUGGUGACCAGUGUGGACCUGGAGCAUCAGGUGUUUACUGUCCUUUCUCCAGCUCCCCGCCCACUGCCUAAGAACUUCCUCCUCAUCAUGGAUAUCCGGUUCAUGGAUCUUAAGUAGAGAGCAGGAAGCCUGCUGCCUGGCCGUCAUCCCAGGCAGGUGGGCUGAGAUAGGACAAGCUCAGCAGACCAGCUCACCAGUAAACUGGACUAGUAGAAAACAUCUAUCUACCUUUUAAAACAGGUGGCAGUAACUGGACCUUUCUAGUUUUAAGCCACAAGGAACACCAUAAUUGGUUUCUUAACAGCUAAGAUGCCACUUUGAAUUCUCUGAGACCCUGGAGAGUUCCAUUUCUUUGUGCUACUAUGUGGCUUUUUUCGUUUGUUUUUUUUUUUUUACCUCUGCCUUAUAUUCUGUUUAUAACUUGCUGUCUCAUUUAGAUGACAGUGCGAAUUACAGGAACUCCUUCCAAUAAAGUUCAAACUUGGAAAAAAUUGUUU